AACACUGUUCACAUUGCUUUCUUUGAAAUAUCCGUCAGAAAAGCAAGUAAAUUUCGGUAGAAUGCAGAAGUAAACGCAAAAAAGUCCCAAAAAAAAGCAACGCAAUGGAAUCCUCGACGAAGGAGCCCUCCUCAGAGGUGGAGCAAUCGGAGGAUAAUCGUCCAGCCAAGACGGAUUCGGAGCCCAGCAAGAUAUCGAAAGCGCUGCGAACGGAAUUCGAUGCCAAAUACCAGAUUGUAAACCUUCAGACGCCGCUGAAUGCCUUCAUGUCUGGUCACUACAAACAGAGCUUCGCGUUCUUCACCCUCAGGAGUCGUCUGCCCGUCGUCCUGACCAACGCGAUAGACACCCUGACCCGGGACAAGAGCGAACUGGUCGCCCAAUUCGCCUCCAACGAAUUUGCCCAGGCUGCUCGCGAGGAGCUGAAAAUCAUCAUUGGAUUGAUAUCACAGCUGAAGUACGAACUCCAGACGGACAAACCUUUCCACAACUUCACGGGGGAGGAACCCGAUAGAGAACUCUGGAACAACUUCAUCAGUCACCUGCCCAAUGGCGAGCGCACUUUCUACCAGGCCAGCUCCCUGCACGCCGAGUGCUACCUGCACCGGAAACUCCACUCCUUCCUGGAGAACAGCAUCUUCCUGAAGUCCUACGACUACUUUGCCAAAGUCAAGGAACUGGCGUUGACCGACAGCAUGGAGGAUGUGCUGGCCCUGACCAAGUACACUCGGCGAUCGGACAACAGCCUGGAGGUGUUCGACGCACUGCUGAAGAUCAACAUGUGGAGCAACAGCAACGAUGGGGCCAGCGAUGCGGAGGCAGGUAAAAAAACCAACCGCCAGGUGUUGGAGGAUGUGGCGGCCACCGAUGAGUUUGUGCUCGUCAACCAGGCGGCGGAGAUCUGGAGGUGCUUGGACAAUCAAAAGCCAAAGAAGCCCAAGCAGGUGGACUUCAUUCUGGACAAUGCAGGCUAUGAGCUGUUCAGCGAUUUCAUCCUGGCGGAGUUCAUGAUCGAGAAGGGACUGGCCACCAAGGUGCGCUUCCAUGUGAAGGCCCAUCCUUGGUUCGUCACCGACGUCACGGAGCGGGAUUUCAAGUGGACCCUGGAGUACUUGAGCCAGCAUGCAGACUACAUUAUAAGCCUGAUAGGAAAGAAGUUUCUGCAAUUUCUCGACGAGGGCAAGUUCGAGCUGGCACCAAUUUCGCAUUUCUGGACAUCGCCACUUGCUUUUUACAGCAUGACCCAUACGGAUCCAGAUCUAUAUAGAUCCCUGCAGCAGUCCAAGCUUCUGGUCUUCAAGGGUGAGCUCAACUAUCGCAAGCUCCUGCAGGACGUCUGUUGGGACAGCACCCAGGAAACGAGCACCUGUCUCCGUGGCUUCCUGCCCAGCAAUAUUUGUGUGCUGCGAAGGGUCAAGGGCGAGGUCAUCUCCGGCCUGGCCGAAGGCGUUGGCCAAGCGCUGAGCAGACAGGAUCCCCAUUGGAUGGUAUCGGGCAGCUAUGGCGUUAUUCAGUUUGUGGACGGAACGCGUGAAUUCGGCUACUGAGCUUGGCUGCUUAAAUUAUCUGUGCACGGAGCGCCCGAAUCUGGACACUAAAUUUGUAAAUCCUUGGCAGUUUAAAUUAUUGAUAAUAAAUAGUCGUUACAUAUCUAGCAA